AAUUCUUAAAAAAAUCACAAGACAAACCCGAUCACUCACCGGACACCUGUUCUGUUCAAUAAUUCAUUUAGACCUGCAUCCUGCAGAUCCCGGGAUCGCCUUCGGAAAACAAUGUACGGCUUCGAAGCUCUUACGUUCAACAUUCAUGGUGGUUACCUGGAGGCGAUCGUGCGGGGUCACCGAGGGGGGCUGCUCACAGCAGCCGAUUAUAACAAUUUGUGCCAAUGCGAGACCCUCGAUGACAUCAAGAUGCACCUGUCGGCCACUGAGUACGGCCCUUACCUGCAAAAUGAACCUUCUCCAUUGCAUACAACAACGAUAGUGGAGAAAUGCACUCUUAAGCUUGUUGAUGACUAUAAGCAUAUGUUAUGCCAAGCCACAGAGCCCUUGUCAACAUUUUUGGAAUAUAUCACAUAUGGCCACAUGAUUGAUAAUGUUGUUCUUAUUGUCACUGGCACCUUGCAUGAGAGAGAUGUUCAAGAACUAUUAGAAAAGUGUCAUCCGCUGGGAAUGUUUGACAGCAUUGCUACUCUGGCGGUGGCUCAGAACAUGCGGGAGCUCUACAGACUAGUACUUGUUGACACGCCUCUGGCACCAUACUUCUCAGAGUGCAUUACAUCAGAUGACUUGGAUGACAUGAACAUUGAAAUAAUGAGGAACACUCUUUACAAGGCAUACCUUGAGGACUUUUACAGAUUUUGUCAGAAACUUGGUGGUGCCACUGCUGAGAUCAUGUCUGACCUUUUAGCUUUUGAGGCUGAUAGAAGGGCUGUAAAUAUUACCAUAAAUAGCAUUGGUACUGAGCUCACCAGGGAUGAUCGCAGAAAAUUGUACUCCAAUUUUGGUUUACUUUAUCCUUAUGGCCACGAGGAACUGGCUGUCUGCGAGGACAUUGAUCAGGUUCGUGCUGUUAUGGAAAAAUAUCCUCCAUAUCAGUCUAUUUUUGCUAAAUUAUCUUACGGAGAGAGCCAGAUGCUUGACAAGGCGUUCUAUGAGGAGGAGGUGAAGAGGCUUUGCUUAGCGUUUGAGCAACAGUUCCAUUAUGCCGUGUUCUUCGCAUAUAUGAGGUUAAGGGAGCAAGAGAUUAGGAACCUAAUGUGGAUUUCUGAAUGCGUGGCUCAGAAUCAAAAGUCAAGAGUUCAUGACAGUGUUGUCUUUAUAUUUUAGGCUGAAUUACAGCUCGCUUAAAUUUGUUAGCUUUUGUCCCCUUUCGGGAUAAUUGUCUGUAAAUCAUCCUCCACAUUUCAAUUUGAGGAGUUGCCAAUGGGUCGAUGACGCUGUUCAGAGUAGUGUGUUUGCACUAGAACUUUACGCGGAUAAGACCUACAAUCUGGAGUGAAGAUUGUUGCUGAAUUCCGUCAACUAUGUUAUCCGUCUUGAAGAUGUUAAGUUCUUUUUUCCCAUUAUUGUUGUUGUGCUUCUUAUAAAGUAGAUACAGCUCUUGUAUAUCACUUACAGUUUGAGUAGUAAGUUGAUGACAUAUGAAUAAUGUGCAUUUUUUUUUUCCAGUGUUUGUAUUUUGUGUUUAUCAAUUUCAAAUAAAUUUAUUCCUGUC